AGGGUUAGUGGAGUCAUGGCUUGUAUAAUGAUUGUUAGUCGUCUCAAGGGUUCGUUUUGCCACCUGCUGCUAGUAGUUGCUCUCUGGUUGUCUAGCUAUCAAAAUGUAAUGUCUCUGCCUCUGUUACCUAAACCUGGGGAAACUCCUUCCGUUUCUGAACUACCUAGCACACCUAACAGUGGAACUUUUCAGCCAAUUGACAUAUCACCUGCUAUGAUCCCCCAUUAUCCUUUUCCUGGAGAACCUUUGCCACCAAUGUACCCUUCCUUCCCAAAGACAUAUGACCCUGUCUUGACUGGAAGAUGCCCUGUAAAUUUCUCAGUCAUUUCGAGCAUCACAGGAAAAACAGCAUCUGAUUGUACUCAAUCUUUGUCUACAGUAGUAGGGAAUGUAAUAUGCUGCCCGCAGUUUAAUAGCUUACUCCACAUAUUCCAGGGAUUUUACAGCAACCGUUCUGAUACUUUAGUUUUACAAAAUGCGGUGGCUGAUGAUUGUUUUAAAGAUAUCAUCAGUAUACUAGCCAGCAGAGGAGCAAACAGCUCCUUAUCUAGCAUGUGUUCUGUAAAGUCGUCCAAUCUGACUGGCGGGUCUUGCCCCGUGAAGGACAUCAGUACCUUUGAGAAAGCAUUAAAUACAAGCAAACUGUUAGAUUCAUGCAGCACAGUUGAUCCUCUGAAAGAGUGCUGCAGGCCUGUUUGCCAGCCUGCAAUUUCUGAGGCUGCACUUCAGAUAUCUGGGAUAAAAACGACUCUCAGUGAUAAGAAGAACAUAGUUGGAGCACCUAGUGAAAUUGACACUCUUAAUGAUUGUAAGGGAGUGGUCUAUUCAUGGAUUGCUAGGAAACUAAGGUUUGAGGAUGCCAAUACUGCAUUUCGGUUGUUGUCUUCCUGCAAAAUUAACAAAG